GAUGGCCGACCACACAAGAUUUGCGAAUAAAUCAUUUUGACAGUUGGCUUUGUGCUGGACGGGUCGUUUCUGAUGAUCGUUAAGUCUCUUGUCGAAAGUUGUAUUAUCGAAUUAAUCAAUCAUAUCGUUCUACAAAAUCAUAGUGGUAAUCUUCUAACAACUUCACAAACUAAUCAAAAAACUUAUCUCCAAAUUCAGUAAUAACUACACAAAACCAGGGGUGUAAUAAUUCCGGAUUUGUCAAAGUUUAUCAUCUUUUUCCUUUGUUUUUUCGUGUCCGAGAAUAAAUUUCAUUCAAUUGAAUGAGUGCGUACUGAGAACUUUGUUUUCAAAUUUACUCCGUACAGUGUAAACGGAAAAAUUUGGAAAAGUAUUUUCUUAAAUUCAGUAAGCAAGAGAAGUUUAAGUUUGUUUUCAUUCGAAAGUAAUGUAAAUCGGUAGAUUAAGUGCAACGCUUUAAAAAUGCAGCAAAGUAAACCGUCGUUCAUGAUCAAGGACCUGUUGAGUGACGUCAUCACUGUCAAUGAAGAUUCCAACAGCGGCGGCGAACCAGACGUGGACAGUCACAGCGAGCAGGGUGACGAAUCUCCCAGUCGAGACCUGCUGCUGCUACAGCAUCACACACUGGGCCUACUGCCCCCGCCCGGGCAGGACGGAGGCGGCGCUGGGGGCGGCAAGGGUCGCAAGCCUCGGCGGCGGCGGACCGCGUUCACGCAUGCGCAGUUGGCCUACUUGGAGCGGAAGUUCCGGUGUCAGAAGUAUCUGUCGGUGGCCGACAGGAGUGACGUGGCUGAUGCCCUCAAUCUGUCGGAGACCCAGGUGAAAACCUGGUACCAGAAUAGGAGGACAAAAUGGAAGCGCCAAAACCAGCUACGUCUUGAGCAGUUGAGACAGCAGGCAAGCGCCGAGAAAGAUCACUCGGACCCCGCAGCCGCCUGUUGUCCCGGCUACCAGACGCAGGCCUCGGCUGCAUGCAGCUUCCUCUCAACCGCUGCCGCCAUUUUCAGAAAUGUCACCUACGUACACGGCUGCCAACUCUAGACUUUACUCAGUCAAAAAUAUACAUAAUUCAAAUCGCCUACCAUACUGCAGCAAACUGAGCACUG